UUGCGAGGGUUGCAAGGCGAAGGAUGACGAAGUUCUGUACAAUUUUACCACCUUCUUUUACAAGCUAAAGAACUUUCUUUAAAGCUGAAUGGUACGUUUUCAACAGAAUAUAUAUCCGAGUCUCUAUUAAUUUAGUUGUGAAAAUAAAAUGAGUCACAUACCACAAGUAAAGACGGGGCUAAAACCACCGACUAAAGUUCACAAACCAAUACAAGGAGGCGGCGGRUCGGCUACUUCACCGACUGGAAUAGUAAAACCUAGAGGAAAUCCAGCACMGAGACCAUUAUCAACUCCAGGAGCCGUUAAAACGACGCCUUCUGCUGGUAAAUCUACUACAGGGAGCGGUGUAGUGAGGCCUAGGGGGUCAGUUAAUAAUGUUGGUGGCAUAGCUAGUCCUCGAGGUUCGGUUCAUGCCACGUCGAGUCAACAACUUCUGCCCAAACUUUCAAGAGAAAACUCAGAAACCCGUCUAUCAUACCGAAGGGAAGGAUCUAGUUCAAGUUUACGGAGUACAGGUUCUGAAUCAUCCGAAUCGGUUGUUCGAAGACGGAGUUCRAGUUCGUCUUCGAGUCAACAAGGGGCUACUCCGGCGGCGGAUUUAAAAAAGUUCUUCAAAAUUGGUGAUCGUGUGUUAGUGAGUGGAACUAAAACAGGAGUUAUUGGGUUUAUUGGAGAGACUAAAUUCGCUAAAGGUGAUUGGGCUGGAAUCAUUCUUGACGAACCAACGGGGAAAAAUGAUGGCUCGGUCGCUGGUGUUAGAUACUUUGAGUGCCAACCGCUACACGGCGUGUUCACUAAGCUCGAAAAAAUUACCAAAAUCAAUAAAGUCAAUGUCACUCAUCACAACGAUGAUUCAACGACUGCUUUAGAGAUAGGAGAUAGAGUGGUUGUUAGUGGGACUAAGAUUGGAACCGUUAGAUAUGCGGGAACUACUGGAUUCGCAAARGGUGAAUGGGCUGGAGUAGAACUCGAUGAACCCCUAGGAAAAAACGACGGAGCAGUGGCUGGAACAAGGUACUUCCAGUGCGAGCAAGAUUUUGGUCUCUUUGCACCAAUUCAUAAAGUUAUCAAAACUGGGAAAAAAGAAUCUACAAAACUUCCUUGUUCACCACCGCCAACUCAAAAAGAACAACCAUUAUCAAUCCCUCCUCAGCUUCAAGAAUCUGUAUUGAACUCUGUAAAUGAAACACCUCAAGGUCAAGCCAAGACUGAUAAAUUUGUUGUAUCUCCUGAAUCGACUUCAUUAUCUCUCAGYAGCUCGUCUACAUCGACUGCAGGUGGACAGAAAAGAGAGGUUGAAAGUCAAGAUCAACCUGAUGUUUCACCUGGGAAAGCCCCAGCUCAUGUUAGUUUACAGUUGUUAGCUUUACAGGAAGCACUUCAGGAAAGAGAAAUGCAAAUUCAAGCUUUACUUGAAGAAAGAGAUUUUGAAAGGAAUGAAGUGGCUAGUGCAACAAGCCAAGUUUCAAAGGCAGAGGAGGAGUUGGCUAACAUUAAGAAAAAACAUGAGCAAGCUGCAGCAGACAAUGCAAAAAGUAUCCAAGAACUGAAGAAUUUGGUUGAUUUAGCAGAAAAGGAGAAAGCUGACCUUUACUUGCAAAUAGAGGAUGAGAAAAGGAAAAAUGAAGAUCUUCAGUUUAAACUUGAAGAAGAAGAAAUUACUCUUGGAGAUGAAUUGAAGACUGAAGAGGAACAAAUCAAGACCCUAACACAAGAUCUCCAAGAAAAGCAAGAUGAAAUGAAAAAACUAACUGAACAAUUGGAGCAAACCAAGGUGGAAAAAUCAAGUACAACCAUGAAGUUGCAAGAAAAGGAGCACAAACUCUUGGAGUCCAACCAACAGCUGUCGGCACUCAAAGCUUCUUUUGAARAAUCUCAAAUGAAAGUCCAAGAAUUAGAAGCAAAAAUAUUCUCUGUUGAAGAAAARCACUCUGCUGUUUCAAGUGAGGCAUCACAGGGCAUGAAAGAACAGCUGGAAAGAAUCAAAAAGUUAGAGAAGGAGUUGAGCCUUAGUAAUGAAAGGGAGAAACARUACCAGACAAGAAUAGAAAACACUAAAUAUGARCUAAAAAUUGCCAUGGAGGAAAAUGAUUCUCUUAAAUUACAAAUUGAAGACCUCACAGCCAAGUUGAUAAGCAAAGAAAAUGAAUUUGAUUCCAUGUCAGAUGAGCUGAAGCAGAUCAAGUCAGCCACAUUAGAGCUCCAAAAGCAGCUCCAAAUAAGUGAGGCUAAGACCAUGAACCUGGCAUCAGAUAAAACCAAACUGGAAUGUGAGAUUGCUGAACUAAUGAAGAACUCUGGCAGCAAUUCAGAGAGAUUGACAUAUUUAAAUGACCAACUCAGAGAGAAAGACAGGAUGCUGGAUGAGUUAAAGGGAGCAUCAGCAGAAUCACAGAUCCAGAUUGCAAGACUCACUGAAARUGUUGCAGAGGCAAAGGAUGAGCAGACAAAGAAAUUGAUAAAUCAAAUAAAUUCAUUGAAAACAGACUUAGAGAAACAGAAAGAUGAGAAUGCCAGACUUGUUCAAACACACAAACAAGAAUUGGAGAAAUUAGAGCAGACUAAGAAUGAGGAAUCUGGUACCCUGACUAGUAGACUCAACCAUCAGAAAGAACAGUUACAAAAGAUUACUGAAGACUUAAACCUGACCAAGAAUCAAUUACAAGUUAUAACACAAGAUAGAGAUAAUGCUAAGGAACUUAACAAUGCACAACAAACAGAAGUUAACACCUAUAAAACCRAACUGAAUGAAAAUAGAACAUUGUUGGAAAAGUUGACAAAAGAGUUGGAAGAAACCAAGUUACAAUUGCAAAACACAACACAAGACAGAGAUGUCAUAAAGGAGCGGGAAACAAAGAGUCAAUCUGUAUUGACAUCACUCCUGGCUCAACUGGAAGAGAAAAAUGCAACACAAGAAAGACUAUCCAGUGAAUUGAACACGAUGAAGUCCCGACAGCAACAGWCAGAAGAAGAAAGAGACAACCUGAAGGAGAACARCAAUACCAAACAAACCGAGAUAAAGACCCUUAAAAGUGAACUCGACGAAAGUAGAACGUUAUUGGACACCAUGACUAAACAGUUGGAAGAAGAAAAGAAGCAAAUGAAAAAUACCGUACAAGAAAGGGACAUUAUGAAGGAGAAAUGCUCUCAAUACGAGACUGAAAUCCAAGCAAAGCAAAAUGAAAUAUCCCAAGUCACUUCAAAGCUUGAUGCUGCAGUUUCGGAGAAGAGCCUGUUGACUAGUGCCCAGGGCGACACGGAAAAGAAAAUAUCUGAAGUAAUAGAAAAAUAUGAGAAGCUGAACUCUGAUUACCAAGCUGUUCUACAGGAGAAAAAUGACAAGACGAAAAUGUGUGAAGAAAACGAACACCAAGUGAAAACAUUAAACCAGGAGAAAGAAGCGAUCCUUCAAGAAAAGCAGAACACUCUAAGUAAACUAGAUGAACUGCAGGCACAGUACAGUGCAUUAAAGAAAGAGAUGGAUACUUUAAAGACCCAUUCCACACAAAAAGAGGAAGAACUACUGCUCCUGAAAUCAUCAGCGUCCGAUAAAGUGUCUGAAUCUACAGAGCUACAGUCUCAAUUGGAUCAAGUCAAGUCAGAGCGAGAUCAGUUCAAGAGGAAGGUAGUUGUUCUUGAAGAACAGAGUAACUUACUACAAGAACAAAUCAAGUAUCUAGGAAAUGAAAAGACUGCGAUAGAAAGUCAGAAGGAUGAGAUGGUUGAUGCCCUUGCAAAAGCUCAGGACGAGAUCAUAUCCCUUAACGCACGAGUACAAGAAAGACCAGCCAGUUUGGCAUCCGAGAUACCAAGCCUAGGCAUGGAGAAUGAUCUGGAAGUCACGAAACAUGAGCUGAAACUGAAAGAAGAACAGCUCGCAAAAUAUAAACAACAGGUGCUGGACGUCAAGAAACAAAUGGCAGCAUCAAUGGCGUCGAAUAAUGCUGGCGGCGAUAGUCAAGACACUGCAGAUUUAGCCGUCAAACUAGUUGAAACAGAGGAUCUUCUGGAGGCUACCAUAGCGGAAAAAGAGAACCUUGAUGCUCAGGUGGAGUUUCUUAAUUCUGUGAUUGUAGACUUACAGCGUAAAAAUGAAGAAAAUGAGCAGCGUAUCGAGCUUCUGAURAUGGGCGACACAAGACCCAACGGUCUUCUAGACUCCCCUGAGCUUGACGAAGCUCCGAUCCCUCGAUCAAAUAUUCGAUUAUUUUGCGACAUCUGUGACGUAUUUGAUGAACAUGACACCGAUGAUUGCCCGGCCCAGGCCUCCGAAGCACCCGAUGUAGGCUCGAUGCACCAUGGUAGCAGGACUGAGCCGAGACCUUACUGUACGACUUGCGAAGUUUUUGGGCACUGGACUGAAGAUUGCGAUGAUGAAGUGACUUUCUAAACCUGAACUUUGUCGCAAGGAUGGAACUAAAAGAUAGAAAAAAUAUUAUAUCCACGAUAUUCUAUCGCAGCUAAGUACCUGAAAGGCACAAGAAAAGAGAUAAAAUCUUGCUAAUUAUUACAUUUCUCUUCUGGCUUCCAUUUCUUUGCUCUUUAACGAUGAAUUCCAAAUAAGUUUGAUAGAGUAGGUACCCCUUGUAAUGAAGUAUAAAACCCUAAUCCUAUUUAUCGCUGCUUGCAUAUAACUCUCGUGCAUCCAAGCAGUUAAAAACAACGAAAUAUCUCGAAAAAAUGGGGAUCUCAAAAAAUUCUCGUCUAUACCUUGACUAGGUAACAUAGAAGCGUUUUGCAAUUAUCUCUUCUGGCUUUUUGGGGACCCUGGGUAGAUCUUAGCAGAAGAGAGAUCUUGCAAAGAGGGUACUUACAUUUGUCCCUAGUCUCUCCCAUCUCUCGUUUUACAUAGGAAUCCUUAUGUAUCCCCCUUGUUAUACCCUGCACUAUAGAUAAGGCCAAGAGAACUUAUAAACCAACCCUUUGCUUUGUGCAUGUCAGCUGACCUCGCCAUCACCAAAGAAAAUGUUCGAAYAAGUGUAAAGAAAUGGGAGCCAGUGCAAGAAUGAACUAAAAURAUAGAGCUGUUUUAAGAAUAGAUAGAUAUAUUAUAUUAUAUUGGUAAUCUGUUAACAGAACUGAGAACUUAUUACGUUACAGAUGAUAAGAUAAACUAUUCGUUUACCAUUCACUCAGCCUCCAGCAGACGUUCUUAGGGUCGUCACGCAACWUGAGGAGAAAAACGUUACGUGACGACGUGACGAGAAUAAGAAUGUCUGCGAAGGACAUAUAUUCUCUGUUGGGAUCCCUGUGUUAAAUUAUAUGUCAGCGAACUAGAAAAAAUAGCCAAGGAGAUGCCAUAAUAACUGAUCGGACCUUGGCCUUUGGUCAGAGUCUGGACGACACCAGUAGUUCGGAAGACUGAAGUAGAUAUUAUCAUUAUUAGUGCCUGGRGAAAGGGUAAAAUUCAGAAUUGAAAUGAUUUCGCUUGACUGUGAAAGGCUUACGAUCAUGCUCAUGCCUUGCUCGAUUUUCUCGAUUUCAAUGACCAGUAAUCUUACGCUCUGUAAGUGGCUAAUUGAAUGUCUUUAAUCCCUUACCGUGAUCGUGCCGCCGUCUGAUGUGUUUUUCACAGUCUCGCGACAUCUGCUCUCAUUCCAAAAAAUAUCGCUAAUUUUAAUGGAAUGUCGGAUAUUGAUACUGUGAGAUUGAUUCUAUCCAGUACCGAGUCCAAUCCGUGCCUUAAAAGUUCCCGCUAGACGGGACAUCCUACUAUCGCACAUCUGAUUGCAUGCCUUCCGAAAGUCUAGCGAAAGUAAAAAACAAACAGUGCUCAUGGGGAAAGGAUACAUAGAUGUUUUUUCAUUUUAUGUCAAAAAUACAGCACAAUAUUCUUUCCUUCUCGCAAUAACUUUAGGAUGCAAACUUAUAUCAGCUACUAAUUUAUAAAAAUUCAGUUUUCAGUUGUUCGGGUAUGCACACAGGUAGCCCAAGCUAUGUAUGAGUGUGCUUAAAAGAGCUGUGUGAAGUAUACAAAGAAAAUGUAUUAAAAAUAGAUAGAUUAAAUGGAUCACAUUUGAAUUACACCUACCUGUCCUUCGUGUUUUAUUUUCAUCAUUGGGAAGGUUUGUAAUAGUAGUAGUAUUUACUUCGCUUAAAAGGUAUGAGAGAGAAGGUGAAUAAAAUUUGAAAGUCCUGAACUCGCUUAAAAUUGAUUAGGAAGACUACAGACCUUCCCCAAUGAUAAAAUAAAACAAAGAACAGUUAGGUUAAUUCAAAGGUCAUUAAUUCGAUUUAAUAGGACGUUUGCAUGAUGGUGUCACUGACCUCUACUACCAGACUCCCCUGCACACUUUCUUUUAUUCAGUUAAUUAGCACCAAUUGUCUUACUAUUCUCAUAGGGAAAUACAAAUUUGAAUAAGAAAGAAAAUUCGCGAAGCAUUAUGGUAGUGGGAGUCAAAUGACGCCAUAAUGCAGACGUCCUAUUUUAGUCAAUUUUCUUUGCAGUGCUUCGCAUAUCAGCCAUUCUAAGCACACACACACACACACACAUAGCGUGGGCUACCUGUGGUAUGCUCAGCUAUCCUAUCUUUGACUCACUACCUUCGUUGUAUUAACCUCCCUGUCUUUCAUUUAUGAAGUCAAGAUUCUCAAGUUUACUAGCGGUUAAAAGUUGUGUAAUUAUUAUUAAGGUUUCAAAUUU